AUGAAAUUUAUAGAGGUACAAGAUAUUGGAAAACUUCAUAGCAUACCGCAGGCUACUGCUGAGAGUGACGUAGAAAAGGAAAACGAAGAAGUUGAUGGCAACUUACUGCCAGUGAUCCCUGGGUAUUAUAUUGACCUUAAAGAGCGUUUACUCCAAAUGGCAGACCUCUACCUUCACAUAGAUAGCCAUAUACCUAAUUUUCUUACAUGGUUUGGUAAACAGAAGGGUCAUUUUUUAGUAGCAAUGGGUGCAGAUGGUGCCCCUUUUGGUAAGGCUAAUGAGGCUUGUGCAUGGCUUGUUUCAUUUUGAAUGUUUCAGAAAGAGUUGCCUCACCAGAUGAUAAUUUUUUGAUUUGUGGUGCCAACUGUAAAGAAGAUCACCCUGCCAUGGUAGAAUAUGGGAAACAACUUAGAUCAGAGAUGGCCACGAUUGCAAGUCAAACUUUUUCAGUAAAAAAUCAGCAGGUUAAGUUUGAAUUUAAACUUGUUCCAUCAGAUAUGAAGUGGCUAGCAAAAUUUUCUGGAGAACUGAGCAAUGCUGCUAAAUACCCAUGUUCUUUUGCAAAUGUGCAACUUAGUGAAUUACAGGAAAGAGGGCAAAGCUUGAGUAACAAUCCUCAAAGUAAGUGGAGGCCAUGGGAAUAUAAAUUCAGGGAAGAAGUUGCCAAAAAGGUGACACAAUUUAAAGAAAAACAGGCAAGGCCAAUUAAUGCUGCUCAAGAGCAGACAUUGCGUACCAAAGUAUGCAACCACAUAGCAAGCCUUAAAUCUAGACAAGAAUUUGAGCCAAUUCUUGGUCCAGUUAUUCAAAAUGCAAAAUGUGAUAAUCUUCAUGUGGGAAAUAAUUGUUGGGGGCAUUGGCAUAAGUUGCUUUUCACCCAUGUUUUGGCUAAAGCAAAGAUUCCCACCAGUACAAAGUCUGUUUUUCAAUUGCCAGAAGAUAACUCAUUGCGUAAGCAUUUGAAGGCUCUCCGGUUUAAAUUAAAGUGCAAGAAGAUGUAUAAUAAGAUUUUGCAAUGGUUUAAAGAGAAACGAAAGACAUCUCCUUUUGAAUUUCGGUUCACUGGGGAGGAAACUAAGAAAUUUUGUGAUGGCUUUAUGUAUCUUGUUGAAGCUCAAAUUGAGGAGGGUGACAUUGAGCAAGCCAAGAGCUUUUUUGUGUUAUCUCUUGGGAGAAUGGGUCUUCACCUAAGGAACAGCUUGUCCCUUGCUAGUAGGGUCUCCAAUAUUAGUUACAGUGAUCUACCAAAGUUAGAGCAGGAUUGCACACAAUAUUUUAAUCUAACAUCAUUAUUUCACUCUGCAAAUCUCAGUGUUUGGGCAAUGGGCUACUGUGUGCCAUUUCAUACUAAACAGCUUUUUGAAGAUCUUGGUGUGGGUUUAGGAAUUAAUUCAAUGCAGGGAAGAGAGUCUAAACACCAGCAACUUGCUUCGUUUGCUAGUUUUUCCCUUGUAAAACACAGAUGGGCUAAAGUGUUUAGACAUGAGCACAUGUCCAACAUUUGGAUAAGGCAACAGAAUCCAUUUCAUGAUACCUAUAAGAAAUGUAAAGACACAUAUGUGCCAAAGCGGUGCAGCACUGCAGGAUAUUGUUCAUGUGGUAUGCCUUUAAGCACUGCAAGUGCAUGCAUGUACUGCUCAUGUGAAAUUUCAAAAGAAAUUAUUGCUUGUGGUUCAGCAGGGAAACUAACAGUAAAGAUGAAACAAAUUCUUGCUGAAGCUCAAAAAUGA